AUGGUUGUCAAGAUCUACGGUUCCCCCAUCGCCGUCUGCACCAAGCGCGUCCUGGUUGUCGCCGAGGAGCUCAAAGUCCCCUACGAACUCAUCUGCGUCGACUACAAGAAAGGGGAGCUCAAGUCUCCGGAGUACCUCGCGCACCACCCCUUCGGCCAGAUUCCCUACAUCGAGGACGGCGGCUUCGAGCUCUUCGAGUCCCGCGCAAUCUGCCGCUACCUCGCGCUCAAAUACGGAGGCGUCGGGAAGCUGGUACCCGCGCAAAGCGACAUCGAGGCCUCCGCCAAGUUCGAGCAGGCUGUGAACGUGGAGAACAACGACUUUGAGCCUUCGGCGUUGGUGAUCGGGAUCGAGUCUGUCUACAAACCGUUACAGGGGCUGCAGACGGACACAGCGGCCAUCGAGGAAAAGAGGGUUGUGCUUGAAGGCAAGAUGGACGGGUACGAAGCUUUGCUCUCCAAGACAAAGUUCCUGGCCGGAGAAGAGAUCUCGUUGGCCGACCUCUUCCAUCUCCCAUUGGGGUCUCUUCUUAAGGUCCCAGGUAUCGAUUGUCUGGAGUCUUCCAGGUGGCCCAACGUUGCCAGGCGAGUUGACCUGAUCACGCGAGUGGUGUGGUGGAAGGAGAUCUCUUCCCGUCCUACCUGGGAGAAGGUCGACGUGCCGGUCAAGAUAUGA